AUGGCUGCUGCAUCGCUUAUGGUGGGAGCUCUUGGAGGUCCUCAGAUUGGUAGCAACUCCAAUCAAAAUGGGCAGCAGGGUCAGGUAGUUUUGGGCACGGAUCUGUUUACUCUUCAUCUGGCCAAAACGUCAAGAAACCAGCUGAAUGAGAUUAUUUCUAUGAUGAAGGUAAUGGCUUCACAAAAAAAAGGAACAAGCCUACCAGUUAUUACUUGCAAGCCCGCAGUUGCCAAAAACUCUUUUGCAGGUAUGAAUGGAACAACAAAGCAAAUCAAGAAUUACAACACCACCGCUUGCUAUUUCCUCUAUUGCCUUGAUGAUAUUCUUGAUGAUCCAUCUGAUGAAGGUGACGACGAUAGAGAUCUUGUUUUUGUCUUGGCUGAAAGUGUCCAAACGGUGAAUUUUGAGUUGUCAAUUGCGAUGACAUAA